AUGAAAAGUUCUGUGGCUGUCCUCUCUGUCCUCAUCAUGGCCAUUGCCUUCUGCUCUCAGGUCUCUUCAUUUUUAUCAGUUGGGGCUGACACUCCCAGUGCCUGCUGCUUCUCUUAUACCUCCCGGAGGAUCCCUCCAGCAUUUUUGGUGGAUUUUUAUGAGACCAGUAGCAAAUGCUCCAAGUCAGCCAUCAUAUUCAUCACCAAAAAGGGCUAUCAAGCCUGUGCCGACCCUAGGGAGCCAUGGGUCCAGAAGAAUAUCAAAAACUUGGAAGCAUUGAAGAAAGAAGUCAAGUUCUUACCAAGUGGAACUCCAAGGAACCAGAACCAGGAAAGUGUCUCUACCAUGACGAUGACAACUGAAUGA